GCUUUCAUGUCCACCGUUUGCUGUGAAAAGGCAACUUUGUCGAUUGCGAUCUCUUCAGCGUUUGCCGCGGUCAGACAACUUCAGCGAUUUCUCUUUCAAUCACUCAGCGAAGCAACCCCCUUUCGAGACGCACAGGCUCCACUUCAUUGCAUUUUUCAUUGUCAUCCUCAUCUUUGCCGUAUUACUGCGAAUCGGAAUCAAACUCGAAGCUACCGGUUCAGGCUGCCCAGCGAUUUUGAGCACGGUCUGCCUCUCCAUCGGAUAUCUGAGUCUAAUCCCGCUGCUUUGGAUCAUCGAGCCUUUUAUUGGAUGGACGGCACUUAUCGUAUGGUUCUUCUUCUUUGUAAAGUGCGGUUGCGAAUCCUACGAAGAGCUGCGGGAUUCAAUUGUGGCUGCAGUUGGGCGUGCGACUAGCUUUCUGAAAGCCCUAUUCAACCGCAGUCGCAAUCAGAACGAAGAAGCAAACAUAUCUACUAAUGUUUAAGCCAAGGCGGUGUUCAAAAAGCUGCAGAUUGACAGAAUUAAGAGGUGUUGCUCAGUUCAUUUUGGAUUUCACCAUUCUGUUGCUCAUUGCUAUCUGGGUUAAUUCGGAGUUUGGAUGCUGAUCGAAUCUGGACGUGCCUUUAAUUCCACUUGAAAACGGGGUUAUGUUGUGCUGAUCAGGAAAGAAAAAAAAAAAAAAAAAAAAAAAAGAAAGAAAAAAAAAGAAGAAAAAAAAAUUGAAAAAAAGAAGAAAGAAGAAGGGCGUCACGUUGCCCUACUGCUUUUAAUUUGGAUUGGUUUUCCUUUUUGUACAGUCAAGUCAACAACCGGUGUGCGCUUUGACGUUGAUUUGUUGAUAGUAAUGGUAAUAGUAAUUAGUAAUGGUUUUGGUUUUCAUUUUUGUAUAUUCAAGUUUCUUUUAAGUAUUCAAAAAGCAGCAUUUUUCAUAAAAAGGAAAGGUUUUAAAUUUAAGAGAGAAAAAUGUAAUUAUACCAACCCACAGACCUGAAACGAAAAUGAAAAUGCAUCACAAAGCAAUUGACAGUCAAGCAUGUACUCUCUGCAUUCCUAUUUAUUUACUCGGACUAACUAGUUUUUAACCAUCUUUUCAUUGCACGUAACUUUAGUCAAUACUUU